AUGUCAUUUAUCAAUCAUAGUAAUAUUGGUAGAAGUGCGAUGGGAGGUAGUACAGGAAGUGGAUCGAGUACUCCAAAGAAACCUCUACUUGGAUCAUUCUCUUCAAUGUCCAAUCUUAGUGCUACAUCGGGUCAAUCAAAUUCAGAAUCAAUCGAAGAUUCAUAUAAUAUACCACCAAGCGAAUGGGUAUCAAGAGUGAUGCACAAUCAUCCAGAUGUAUUAGAGUUGAGAGAAAGAAUGAGACCAAUCACCAAUCAAAAAUCAUUCUCUAGAAACAGAAUGUGUUCAAAGACAGAAGCUAGUCACGUCAUUUCAGAUUCUGUACUAUUAAAGUUGAUCAUGCAAUAUCUUCACGAAGAAGGUUUAACUUCUACUUUAACAAAGAUUCAAGAAGAAUCUACUUUUAAAUUUGUAAAGGAUGAAGUUGAAAAAGAAGCAUUACCAACAUUAUUAAAAAUAGGCAUUAAAGAAGCAAAUAAUUGGUUUGGACCAUUAGAGGAAAUAGAUGGUGAUGAUCCUGAAGUUGAAGCUUAUCAUGCUUAUGUUUCUGAACAAGAUACUGAUGUUACAGAUGGUUCAAUUGAAAGUAAAAAUAUAUGGGAUGACUUGAAUGAUGAGAGUACAGUUAAACUAUUGAAAAACUCUGAUAAUAAUAAUACGAUUCAAGCAGCAACAUUAAACAAAUUGAUUUGGUGGUUAACUAGUAACCCAAAUAGUCCAGAGGUAUCAGAGUUUAGAAAAAUCUUUUUCUUAACAUUUCCUUCAUUCACAACCGCAGAAACAAUUUUAACCAAAUUAAUUCAAAUGUAUAAUUCACCAACUAGAGAUAACAGUGACAUGGGCCUGGUUAUCGUAUUUUUAAAUCUUUGGAUUGAACAACAACCUCAAGAUUUUAACGACAAGUUAUUAUCCAUGUUAAAUAAUUUUAUUGAUAAUCAAAUGGUUAAAGAUGGUCUAACAAAUUGGGCAAAGAAAUUAAGAACUUCAAUUGCUAAAACUGAAAAUAAUAAUACUAAAAAGAAAGAAAAUCAAUUAACUAAUCCACCAGAACCAAAAGUACCAAAGAAUAUAUUUUCAUCGACAUUGACUUUUGAAGACAUUGAUGAAGAAGAGAUUGCAAGACAGUUGUGUUUGAUUGAUUUUGGAAUGUACGAGAGUAUCAAACCAACCGAAUUUUUAAUCAAGGGAUGGGUCAGACCAUCCUAUCGUUCAAAGGCUGUUAAUCUUUUGUCGCUAAUGAAAAGAUUCAAUGAUUUCACAAAAUGGAUCUCUCACAGUCUCUUGAUCGAACAACAAAACACCAAAGGAAAAUCAAAAUUGUUGGGCAAGUUUUUAAAGAUUGCUGAACAUUUACGUACUCUCAAUAAUUUCCAUUCUCUCAUGGCUAUCUUUGGUGCCAUCAAUAGUACUUCAGUUUAUAGAACAAAAACAAUUAGAAAAGAUCUUUCAAAACAACAACAAGAGACAUAUGCAGAUUUAGAGAAAUUAUUCCAUUCAGAUAAUAAUUAUAAGAGUUAUAGACUUGCAUAUAAAGACGCAGGACCACCAUGUAUACCAUUCAUGGGUAUUCAUCUACGUGAUUUAACCUAUGUCGAUGAAUGUACAAACGACAAGAUCGAUGGAAUGAUCAAUCUCAACAAACGUAGAACAUUGUACCAUGUCAUUUCAAACACUCGAAAAUACCAAUCGGUUCCAUACAACUUUUUAAAGGUUCAUCAAAUCCAAGCAUUUUUAACAGAAUUGAGAAUUGAUAAUGAUGCUUUGGAAGAAUCUUUUAAAUCAGUUUAA